UGUGAUGUUCCAUUUUCAUCUUCAACAUAAACCCAAGGCUGUCAGAAUGGGCAGUGUCAUUAAUUUACUCCUAUAUUUCUACACGCUGCAUCUUUCAAUCAGUUUCAGCGUUAAUGCAAACGCGUACAGCAGGCGACAGAUGUCAACACAGAACAGCACCACUGCUCGGCGGGUAAGAGCUGUAAACAGGCCAAUACCUGUCAACUGCAAACUGGGGCCCUGGUCAACAUGGACAUCGUGUAACUCAUGCACAGACAAAAUGUUUCGUUUCCGAUAUCUGGAGAAGCCAUCCCAAUUUGGCGGUGUGCCUUGCUUGGAGACGCUGUGGGACACGCUAGCAUGUUCAACAACAACUGCACCGUGUUUGGUACCAGAUUACUGUGGGGAGAGCUUCACCUGUAAAGAAACUGGGCGCUGUAUCAGCCAGUCCCUUCGCUGUAACGGAGAGGCAGACUGUGAUGAUCUCUCAGAUGAAGAGGAUUGUCAAGUGUUCAACGAGAGGAACGACAAGUGCUCCACCUUCCUCACCAUUCCUGGUGCUGAGCGUGGCACUCAAGGCUACAACGCUUUGACUGGAGAAUUUGUGAAUCACAUACUGGACCCAAAGUAUUUUGGAGGAGAAUGCAAAUAUGUGUAUAACGGCGAAUGGAGAAAAUUCACCUAUGAUGCAUUCUGUGAGAACCUGCACUACAACGAAGAUGAGAAAAAUUACAGAAAACCUUACAACUACCACGUCUACCGCUUUGUGGCAGAGGCUACAUCAGAGGGCACUCAGGAAUAUUACAGUAACGUGGUGAGCCUGUUGAAGGCAAGGAAAACGAUGAGAUCCUUCAAUGCGGGCGUCUCGGUCGGCAUCUAUUAUGUGGAAGUGGGACUGAGUGGAAGUAAGGAGUCUGAGUUUCUGAGGAAUAUAUCACAGUAUAAAAGCCAGGACCUUGGCUUCAUCAGGCUUUUGUCCAAAGUGGAAACAGGUGACUUCAAGAUGAGAAGUAAUGAACUGAUGCUCCACGAGGAUUUCUACCUGUCACUGAUGGAACUCCCCGAGCGAUAUGACUUUGGCAUGUAUUCGCGCUUCUUCAACAUAUUUGGCACCCACUAUGUCACCGAGGGAGUGAUGGGAGGAACCAUGGAAUAUGUGGUGGUGGUCAACAAAACAGCCAUGGUUGAAUCAAAACUUGAAUGGAAACAGACUGGUUCAUGCAUUGGUGCCUCGCUUGGCUUGAGCAUGACAGUCGGAAAUACUGGACAGGCAAAACUCAGUGUGGGCGGAGAAUUGUGUAAAAAAGGUGGACCCUUAUUACAUGUGACAGACAAGGGUUCCGCUGUGAUUAAGGACGUCCUCGCGCUGGUGAAGGGGGGAUACACAGAGACCAGCAGUGGUUUAAUGGUCAUCAGAGAUUCGGAAACCUAUCGCAAGUGGGGGGCAAGCCUUAAAUACAACCCGACUGUCAUUGAACACGAGAUCAUGCCAAUCUAUGAGCUUGUGCGCCUCAGCACAGCAUCUAAUCAAUUUGGAGCCAGACUGAGCAACCUCCAGAGGGGACUAGAUGAGUAUCAGCAGCAGUUCAGCUCUUGUCGUUGCGCCCCCUGCAGGCAUAAUGGUAUCCCUGUGCUCGCUGGUACAUCGUGCAUCUGCAUCUGUAAACCCGGCUACCAAGGAGAGGCCUGUGAGGACACUCACCGAACCGGAACUGGAACGGAUGGGUCGUGGUCCUGUUGGGGAGGUUGGUCUGCUUGUACAUCAGGGAGGAAACAGCGGACUAGGGUCUGCAAUAAUCCGGCACCUGAUGGAGGCGGAGCUAUGUGCCUUGGCUCCUCCUCUCAGUCUGAGCGCUGUUGAACAUGUGCAA